GCUCAUAUGUAUCACCAGAAUCUGCCACUUCAGCGAACCUAAUCUCCUUACUUCGCUUCCAUAAACGUGCCAGAUGAUCUUUUCACUUCUGUGUCGUCCGUGGACAGAUGGCUCUCACGUCUUCAGACGCCAUUGCUCUCCAAGGACACCGCCAUCACCAUCUUCCGGCACCAUCGGUACCAGUCAAUGUGAGUGCGUUCCUUCCCUCGAGUCGCAUAAAAUGCUCUGCCAGAUGCGUUUCCUUUUCUUCUAGUUCACGACUCAACUCCACGCUAUGUCUAGAUUCUACUGCACUUUGCAUAAGACAAGCACAACAAACUCAUUUUUUAUCAUUCAGUAACUGUCUCAACGAAUCGAUUGUUGGAAGCAGCAGAAAAUUGCAGUACCCACUUGAGGAUUUUGGGUUUGCGAAGAUUGCUACUCAAGUUUCUCAGAGGUUUGUAAGAAACAAUGGGCACCCAUCUAAGGCUUUUCAUCCUUGCAAUGAAUACAGUAGAAAAGGAGGGUACCCAGUUGGGAUCUUCCAUCUAUGUAGCAAUUUUGAGAGGAAAAGUGUGCGCCGGGUUAUGGCUUCUAGCACCACUGAGUCUGCAACACUGCCUUCGCUUGGAAGUAGGAGACCGCAGGAUAUCAAUGUAUUGGUUGUGGGUUCAACCGGGUAUAUUGGAAAAUUUGUUGUGAAGGAACUGGUGAAAAGGGGUUAUAAUGUGAUUGCAGUAUCCAGAGAGAGGAGUGGAAUUAAAGGGAAGAACAGCAAGGAACAGACCUUCCAAGAGCUGAGGGGAGCCGACGUUUGCUUUUCUGAUGUAACUGAAUUGAGUGCUCUUGAGAGAUCUCUGGAGGGCUUGGACACCAGAAUCGAUGUAGUCGUCUCCUGCCUUGCCAGUCGAUCUGGUGGUGUUAAGGACUCCUGGAAGAUCGACUAUGAAGCGACAAAAAAUAGUCUCGUUGCGGGUAAAAAAUUCGGGGCUGUUCAUUUUGUUCUGUUGUCUGCAAUAUGUGUUCAGAAGCCCCUCCUUGAAUUUCAAAGAGCGAAGCUGAAGUUUGAGGCAGAAUUGCAGAAGGAAGCAGAAAAUGGGGAUUUCACCUACAGCAUUGUCAGGCCGACGGCUUUCUUCAAGAGUUUAGGUGGGCAGGUUGAGUUGGUAAAGGAUGGGAAGCCAUAUGUAAUGUUCGGAGAUGGCGAACUAUGCGCCUGUAAACCCAUCAGCGAAGAGGAUUUGGCCUCUUUCAUUGCUGACUGCAUCUCUUGUGAAGAUAAAAUUAACAAGAUUCUCCCAAUUGGUGGACCAGGAAAGGCAUUAACACCACUUGAGCAGGGAGAAUUGUUGUUCAAACUUUUGGGCAAGGAACCCAAGUUUCUGAAAGUUCCAAUAGGAGUGAUGGACUUUGUAAUCGGCAUUCUUGAUUUUUUGGUUAAAUUCUUCCCUUCUCUGGAAGAUGCUGCAGAAUUUGGAAAAAUUGGAAGGUAUUAUGCUGCAGAAAGUAUGUUGCUGCUUAACCCAGACACUGAUGAGUAUGAUGCGGAUGCAACUCCAAGCUACGGGAAUGAUACGCUGGAAGAUUUCUUCAGGCGGGUUCUUAGAGAAGGUAUGGCCGGCCAAGAGUUGGGAGAGCAAUCAAUUUUUUGAGAUCGUGAGAAAUAAGCGGUAAAAAUGCCGAUAGGAUGCAGUUGUGCUUUAUCUUUGGAAGGUCAGAUGCGUAGUUUUGUGGUUUGCUUGAAAUUGCCAGCCUUAGUCGGUUGGCUACUGAAGAGUGAGCUUCUAGGAUUUUUCCUGCAACUGCUUAAUGAUGUGAGUUGAACGUGUAAUUUGUAAUCUCUACAACUGUUUAUAUUAUUCAAACUUCAAAUGAAUGUGCCGUGCAACUAAUUUAUUUGUU